AUGGCUUCUACUAAAGUAAUGGCUAAACUUCAAGCAGAUCAAAACAAUAUAACUCAACUAGCAGAACUUCAUUCAAAACAAGGUUCUCAUUUAAUGCUGUCUAAAAAACCUAGUAUAACACAACGUUGGCAUGCUUCAUCUAUCAAAUCGCCACCUUUAAGAGAUGAAAAAGAGCUAUUAAAACGACAUCAACAUGAUCCACCUUCUCUUUGUCUUCAUCUCUAUCCAACUUAUUUUAAAUUUGAACAUGAAGAUGGAUUCUUUUCAUACAAGAGUCAAUUCAAAGAUUUCUUGACAUGCAUCAAAGAAAAACAAUUGCCUGGUGAUUUAGUCGAUAUAUUCAAUGAAGCUUCAUGUCGUUAUUACAAUGGCUGCCUUAUGGUGGAUAUUCAUGACCAUCGAGCACAACAUGCAACCACGAAACGUAUUGUCAUGAAACCUACAGCAGAAAGUAUUUGGACAGAUAUUGCCUUGUUAAGUGAAGAAUGGGGUGUACCAUGGACAGAAGAUAUUGCUUUACAAAUAGAAGCACAGAUACUGAUAGCGACAGAAGAACCGUUAUGUCUCGAUCCGUCUAUUCAAGUGUCUCGUGUAAGUAAUGCGAUGGAAUAUAGCACAGGACGCAGAAAACCAAAGCGAAAGAUGAAAUACAAUUCAGUUGAACGUGAGCAAAAAUUAGCCAAGAAGGCAGAGAGCAUGAAACUCAUGACACUGAUGGACACGCGAGCCAAACGUUCAUUUCCUUUUGAACCUAAUUUUGGCAAGAUUUCAUUUGUUCAUGACUGGAGAACCAAGAAGAGUAAAUUGGGUUCAGAUCCAUUACCUGCUUUAGAUAUGAAGAAAGGGAAAGGCAGAAAGAUUCGAUUUGAACGGACAGAAGGGGACAAGAAGGUCUAUACGAUGGUCAAUAUCUAUCUUCUUCAUGGAGAGUACGAUGGUGUGUUCCGUUGGGGCACAGUGUAUGAUACAAGUGUUCAGGGUGGUAAUAUUGACUUCAAGAUUGGCCCAGAAUAUUUAAUGGAAACUUACCUUGUUCAUUUGAAAUCCACGUAUGGACAAUUCAAUACACUGGUAUCAGAUAACACAAGUACCAACAUCAUACCUCCUUCACCUUCUCAUCCUCGAUUACCUGCUAACACAAGUACAGCAACGGCAGCGGCAACGGCGACGACAGCAACGACGAUGGCGACGACGACUCAUUUGGCUCAACCCAAUGUCAAUUUCCAAUUACAACAAUUACAUGCUCAACAAAGCCGUGCUAUGCAAGCCAAAGCAGCCAUGCUUCCUCCUCAUCAAAGAGCUUUACUGAACCAACAAACAUCUCAACCAUUAAAUCCAAUGCAAGCAGAAGCUGCUCAGGCACAAGCAUUGGCUCAAGUCCAAGCCCAAGUUCAGGCCCAAGCCUUAGCUCAAAUCCAGUCUCAAGCACAUAUGCAACAAUUGCAACAACAAGCUCAAUCGCGUGCGUCCACUCCUUCUCAAUCGCAUUUAAGUACACCUACCAUGUCACACACACCGCUUCAACGUCCUGCGAUGGUCAAGCAACCCUUGGCUGCUCAACAUAUGGUAUUGCCUCAACAACAACAACAACAACAACAACAACAACAACAACAACAACAACAACAACAACAACAACAACAACAACAACAACAGCAGCAGCAGCAGCAGCAGCAGCAACAACAACAACAACAGCAGCAGCAACAACAACAACAACAGCAACAACAACGUCCAAUGAUGCCUGUGCCUCCUAUGACGAAUCUUCAACAAGCAGCUUUGGCUCAAGCGCUCAGUGGUCAUGGGCAGCCGUUGACACCGCAAGCUUCUUUGCAGCGGAUUCAACAGUUGGUCACGUCAGGUGCGAUACCGUUAGCGACAGCACAGCAAUUGGUGAGUCAGUUGGCUAAUUCGAGUCAUUUGCAGAGACAACAGGCUGCUGUUCAGCAACAAGUGUUGCAGGCUCAACAACAAGCGGCUGCUGUAGCUGCUGCUCAACAACAACAACAACAGCAGCAGCAGCAGCAAACUAACCCACCACAACAAGCUAACUCACAACAACAACAACAGCAACAGCAACAACAACAGCAACAACAGCAGCAGCAGCAGCAAGCUAACCAACAGCAACAACAAGCCGCUCAACAAGCUGCUCAACAAGCUAACCAACAACAACAGCAACAGCAAAUUGCUCAACAAGUUGCUCAGCAAACUAACCAACAACAACAAUCAUUACAACAACAGCAACAAUUAAACCAACAAUCACCUGUUCAACAAAGAAUGGCUACAGGUAUUCCACAACCUCAGCAAACACAAAACCCCGUUCAAUCACAAGCCAGUAUGGCUGCUUCUCAAUUGUUAGCACAAAUGAGUCCUCAACACCAACAACAAAUGGGCUUAUUGAUGGUACGCCGUAACCAUUUGGCCAACCUUGCUGCCAGUCGAAGUAUAUCUCAAGAAGAUUUACAGACACAAAUCAGACAAUUACAGCAAAUGCAACAACAAGUGUUACAACAGCAUCAACAACAACAACUUCAGGCACAACAAGCUGCUCAAGCACAAGCACUGCAACAAGCACAGGCACGUGUGGCUGCUGCUCGUCCUCAACAACCACAACCACAACCACAACCACAACCUCAACCUCAAUUAACACCUCCUCAACAACCCUCUCAACAAGGAUCUCCCGCCACACCUCAAAUCAAUCAACAGCAAGCUCAAUUGAUUCAACAAUUAAUGCUUCAGCGCAACUUGAAUGCUAUGCGUGGACGUGGUCGAGGACAAGUGCCUUUCUCUCAACAACAAAUGGCUGCUCUUCAAGCAAUGCGACAACAGCAACAACAACAACAACAGGGCGGUAUGAUGCGUAAUAAUGCAGGACAAUUAAACUUACAAGACAUCAAUCGUACGGCUAUGAUGGCAGGCCUUAAUCAGAACAGACUAAAUCAAGCAGCAGCCUUACAAGCGGCGGCGGCGGCAGCAGCAGCAGCAGCAGCUUCAAAUGCUGGUUCACCUGGAUUACAGCCAAAUGGAUUAUUAGGACAACAAAAUCUUCAACAGUUUCAAAUGAAUUUACAGUUUCAACAACAACAGGCAGCAGCUGCUGCUGCUGCUCAACAGAGAAAUAACAUGUUGAAUUUUCAACAGGCAAAUAACACACCAAAUAAUUCAACCAACAAUACCAAUAAUACAAGUAACAAUAAUAACAAUAUGUCAUAA